UAGGGGGAAACUGAGGGAUUGAGGCCGGCACCAUAUGGGGAACCAGCGGGCGAUUCUCCACCGGCUGCCAGGGGGGCUGCGGGAAGGGGGAUGAAAGGAGGAAUACUCCCAGCCCUGUUGCCAUGGCUUCCCAUCAGGAUGCUCUUGCAUCACGGCCAGCCUGAGGGGUGCAGGGGUCCCCCCGGGGCUCCGGGCGGAGGGUAGGGGGUGUCCGCACUGGCCUCAGGGCCGGGCUGUGGGGGUCCCCAUGGGGCUCAGGGCCAGGGGUUCCUGAGCACCGCAUCCAAGCAGGAGCGCAGGGACAAGCCGGGGAGGGGGGGGGAUGCUCCGGGCCCCGGCGCCAGCAGAUGAGCACGUUUUGGAGCUGGUGACGUCUGCUCCGGCAUCACCGAGGCAGGAAAACAAGCGGCAGAGCCCGAUCCCAGCGCUGUGGAGCCGAGCAGGCUCCGGGGCACCUCGCCCACCAUGUGCCCCCCGGCGGGGCCGCAAGGGGCCGGGGGGCUCCGCUGAGCCCCAACCAUGGGGCCGUGGCUGUGGCUGCUGCUCUGGUGCUGGCCCACGGCGCUGCUCCAUGGCCAGCGCCCACAGGACAGCCCCCAAGGUCCGGCGGGGUGGUCCCCGGCUCCAUCACCCCCCUGGGUGCCCACAGCGGAGCCGGGGGACCCCGAGGGCUCGGCGGCGGCUCUGGCGUUCCUGCGGACGGGAGAUGCUCGGCGCUUGGCCCGAGCCAACUGCAGCCGAGGGGUCCCGGCUGCGGCCGCGGGUCCCGGUCCCCCCGCGGCGCUGCUCGCUGCGCUCCGUGCCGCCCCCGAGGCGCUGGCCCACGCCGCCAACUUCCUCAACAUGCUCUUCCAGACCAACGACAUCCGCGAGGCCAGCGUGGCCGAGGACGUGGAGUGGUACCAGGCGCUGGUGCGCAGCAUGGCCGAGGGGCACCCAUGGGUGCGCAGGGCGGUGCUGGCCCUCGAUGCUCACCCGUUGGCCGCCAAGCCCCGGCUGAUGCUGCAGGCUACCAAGGGGGAUGGCCAGAUCCUGCUCCAGGAUGUCUCCGCUGCUGCUCCGAGCCUCGGUAACCUCAGCUGGGACAACGAGUGGUUCAAUGCCCUUAAAUCCCAGCGGACUCCUGCCCUCCGCAAGCGGGUGCUCAGCAACGACCUGCGCAGCAUGGAGACCCCCAAGUGGCAGCGGGGUGACAGCUACGUGGGGGACCCGGCCCAUGUGCGGUGGUCCCCUCCGUUCCUCGAGUGCCGGGACGGCCGGUUCCUGCCUGCCUGGGCUGUCACACUCUCCGCUGCUUUCUAUGGGCUCAAGCCAGACCUCAGCCCUGAGUUCAAGGGUGUCGUGCGGGUGGACAUCGAGCUGCGGGACGUGGCCAUUGACCAGUGUGCCAGCGGGCCGGGCUGGUUCGCAGACACGCACCGCUGCGACCUCAACAGCACCCAGUGUAUCCCGCAGGAGAGCCGCGGCUUCAUCCUCGGGAGGUACCUGUGCCAGUGCAAGCCGGGCUUUUAUGGGGCCAGUGGAACAGCACAGGCAGGUGGGUGCUGCACAGCGGGGGCAGAGGGGGGGUCCCUGUUGGGAUGCCGGCCCUGCCGCCAAGGAUGCUCCACCUGCAAGGAUGAUGCUCCCUGCCUGAUCCAGGAGGACCGGGCGCUGCGGGCGGCCGUGCUGUCCUGCCAGGCCUGCUGCAUGCUGGCCAUCUUCCUCAGCAUGCUCGUCUCCUACCACUUCCGACGGAGCAAGAGGAUCCGGGCAUCCGGAAUCAUCCUCCUGGAGACGAUCCUCUUCGGGUCCCUCCUCCUCUACUUCCCAGUGUUCAUCCUGUACUUCAAGCCCAGCAUCUUCCGCUGCAUCGUCCUGCGCUGGGUCCGCAUGCUCGGCUUCACCAUCGUCUAUGGCACCAUCACCCUCAAGCUGUACAGGGUGCUGAAGGUGUUCCUGUCCCGCACGGCCCAGCGGGUGCCCUAUGUGUCAAGCAUGCGGGUGUUGAAGAUGCUGGGGCUGAUCCUGGUCCUGGUGCUGUGGUUCCUGGCGGCCUGGACCAUUGGGAUGCUGGAGAACGUGGACAAGAACAUCCCACUGGUGAUCCGCACCCAGACUGCUGGUGGCCUCCACUUCUACAUCUGUGGCCAUGACCACUGGGACUAUAUGAUGGUGAUUGCCGAGCUGCUGUUCCUGCUAUGGGGCAGCUUCCUGUGCUUCGCCACACGCGCCGUGCCCUCUGCCUUCCACGAGCCCCGCUACAUGGGCAUCGCCCUGCACAACGAGCUCAUGCUCUCGGCCACCUUCCACAUGGUCAGGUUCCUCAUGGUCCCCUCGCUGCACCCGGACUGGACGCUGCUGCUCUUCUUCGCUCACACCCACGGCACCGUCACCAUGACGCUGGCGCUGCUCUUCAUCCCGAAGUUCCUGCACACGGGCUCGCCGCUGCGGGAGGAGAUCACAGCCGAGGUCUAUGAGGACGAACUGGACAUGCGGCGCUCGGGCUCCUGCCUCAACAGCAGCAUCGCAUCGGCCUGGAGCGAGCACAGCCUCGACCCCGAUGACAUUCGGGAGGAGCUCAAGAAGCUCUACCGGCAGCUGGAGGUGCACAGGAGGUGGCGGAUGGCAGCGCUCAACCCUCACCUCCCCAAGCAGCGCAGCGCCCGCCGCAGCCUGGCCCGCUCCAUCGCCCGCCGCAGCAGCAGCAGCACCCGUGGGUCCUCGGCCAAGCAGCUCCUCAAUGCGGGUACCACCGACCUGAGGAUGCGGGAUGAUGGCUCCCGCAGCACUGAGGGGGUCCGGGGGGGUUCACCCAUCCCUGCUCCCCCCCAGGAGCCUGCACCAGGGAGGAAGAUGAUGGUGACGGCGGCCUCGGAGCAAUCCGACAGCGAGUCCCUCGAUGCUGCCCCACUCGUGUACAAGUCCGCCAGUGCCCACAACCUAGUGGGGCACGGGCAGUCCCCCCUGCCCCGUGCAGCCCCCUUGUACAAGUCGCUCAGUGUGGUGGCCGGGGUGCAGGAUGAAGCCCUGCUCGCCGCCAGCCGCGCUGCAUGGGGGAAGCAGCCCAUCGAGCAUCCAUUCACCCCGGCUUCAGGGCACCCCACGGCACAGGGACCCCCCAAGGAAGCUGGGAAGCCGCAAAGCCGUGAUGCUGAUGCUGUCACCAGCCCUGCCAAGGGGUGCUCGCAGGAUGUGUCCCCCCAGGGUGAUGGCAGGGUGCAGAAACACGUCACCUACGCGCCCAUCAAGAGCAUCAGCGUCGACGGCUCCCAUCACCCAGGGCGGGUGCGGAUGGUGGUGGUGAGGAGAACCCCACCACGGCCCCCCUUGCGCUGCCAGAGCUUGGGGCAGCGGGGACCAGCGGUUGGGGACAGCCUGGGGACAACAGAGCCACCCAUGGGACCCCCGGCACGGGUGGGAGAACCAGAGGGAAGAGCAGCAGGGAUGGAGGAGGAAGAUGCGGGGUGCACAUCGCCUGCAGCAUCCAUCCCGGCACAGGUCUGUCCCUGGGAGCUGGUCCAGGAGGAGAUCCUGAGCCGGAGGGAAAGAGCCACCCAAGCAGCAGGGUCGGGGACCACCGGUGACACAGCCCCCAGCAUCAAACCAUCCGCCCAGAAGAUGUCCCUCCGGAGCCUGGGCCUGGCCAUCAAAGCCUUCAAUAGAUCCAGAGGGAAAAGCAUCCCAAAGGGAAAGAGGGAGGGCGAGGGGAGCCUCAGGAAGAGGGCACACGAGCGGGAGGGGAGCAGCAGGAGGGAGAGGCCAAGCCCCCCAGGGACCACAGGCUCUGAGCAGGUCUUCCACCAGCACAACAACAACGCCAGGGCCGCUGCGGGUGAUGGAGAGGAGCGGGGUGAGGAGCACGGUGCUCCCCACUGGGAUGAGGAUGCAGAGCACGAGGGCCCAUCAAGCUCUGGUCACCAAGAAGGAGCUGAACGUCCCCAUGAGCCCCUGGUGGUGGUGGCACAGCCCCAGCCCCAGCCCCAGCAAGGGGAUGAGGCUCCUAUGGUGCAGCCGGGGAAUGAUGCUCCUGUGCCCACACCAAAGGAAGGGCUUGAGGGGCCCAGCGGGUCCAUCCCCUGCCUGGACCACACAGAGAUGGAGCAGGCACAGGUAGGACCCAGCGCAAGGAGCUCCCACUCAUCCACCAGUGAUGGGCACAGAGCGGCUGCUGAGGAGCUGGAGGCUGAGAUUUGGCCCCAAGGAGCCCUGGAUGGCCCAGCAGGAACUGGGUGCCAGGAGGAAGGCAGCAGCCUUGGUCCCAGGGACAUGGGGAAGGUCCCUGCAAGGAACCGGAGCGAGGAGAUGGCUCCGGCGGGCAGCAAGGCACAGGUCUGUGCUAGGGACAACCAGGCUGAUUCCAGCAUCAAAACAGGGAUCCAGCACUGGGAGGAGAGCAGGGGGGACCCUCAGCACCCCAGGGGAGAGCUGGGCAUGGAGGAACCAUCAGCAAACCCCUCAGAGCUGCUGGAGGGGCCUUUGGAGGGCAGGAGGGGCCAGGUUUGCCCAUGGGAGACACUGGAAGAGGGGAGGACCACGAGAGGAGAAACCGGCCCCUGGGACACAGAGGGGGCUGAGCCGGAGCAGGAGGGGCAGGAAGCAGAGAGGAGAUGGAUGAGUGAGUGGGGCAAGAGCAUCAGGGCAAGGUCCCUGGGGGUGGUGGGAGCUCCAAAGCCACCCAAACCUCAUCCCAGCAGCUCCGAGCUGCCAGAAGGGAUCCUAAAGAGCACUCGGGGUUCAGUUUGUCCCUGGGAAGCGAUGGGAGCUGAUGGCGAUGCAGAAGGGAUGCGCCCUUGGGAAGGGGGAGCAGCCGCAUCCAAUGCAGGGAAAGCAGAGGAUGGGGACACUUCCCAUGGGGAAAACGGGAUGUCCCCACAGGCAGCAGCCCCAGGGGGCACGGGAGGGAUGGGUCUGGAUGCAGACAAUGGGAGCACCCAGCAGGGAUGCCCCUAUGGUGGGGAGGGUGCGGAGCAGCGCAGCACAGGGCUCGCAGCUCUGCCCAAAGCCGCAUCCAAGCACGCAGGAGCCAUCGGCAGCAGCAAGGCCAACGUCUGUCCAUGGGAAGCAGAGGCUGAGCCGUUGGCUAAGGCAGAAAUCUGCCCUUGGGAAGAGCCUGAAGCUCCAUGGGGGAAGGACAGAGCAAGCCAGGACAUGUAUGGUACAUCCAAAGGGGGAAACAAGCCGGGGAUCAGAGGGCUGGAGGGUGUCAAACCAAAGCUGGCAGAGGUGGGCGGCCGUCAACAGGAGCACAGGAAGAGCAAGAGCUUUGCAAACCUCAUUAGGAAAAGCAUGGAGAGCUCGAAAGCCAAAUCCAAGAAAUCCCAGAGCGUGGAGAGCAUCAAGGAGGAAGUUUGUCCAUGGGAGAGCCUGGGCAAGGAGCAUCCCAUGGAGCAUCCCAGUGCCAGGAGCCCGGUGCUGCCUAAAGCGACUCCAAAAGCAUCCCAGAGCAGGGAGAGCCUGAAGGCAGAGGUGUGUCCUUGGGAGGCUCCAGGGGCUCAAUCCAUGGAUACAGCAGAGAUCUGCCCCUGGGAGGUGGCUGCAGCUCCAUCAGGUACAGAGGAACCAAGGCUGGACAAGGAUGCUGUGUCCAUAGGGACAAAGAGCCCCUCGACACCUGAAGGUGCCUUCAAAGGGAUUGGGCAUCACAUGUCUGCAAAGGAGAAAGCAAGUGUGGAGAGCCUGAAGGCAGAGGUGUGUCCUUGGGAGGCUCCAGGGGCUCAACCCAUGGAUACAGCAGAGAUCUGCCCCUGGGAGGGGGCUGCAGCUCCAUCAGGUAUAGAGGAACCAAGGCAGGACAAGGAUGCUGUGUCCAUAGGGAGAAAGAGCCCCUCAACAAGGGAAGGUGCCUUCAAAGCCAUUGCACACAGCAUGCCUCCAGAGGGGAAAGCAAGCAUGGAGAGCCUGAAGGCAGAGGUGUGUCCCUGGGAGGCUCCAGGGGCUCAAUCCAUGGAUACAGCAGAGAUCUGCCCCUGGGAGGUGGCUGCAGCUCCGUCAGCUACAGAGGAACCAAGGCAGGACAAGGAUGCUUUGUCCAUAGGGAGAAAGAGCCCCUCGACACCUGAAGGUGCCUUCAAAGCCAUUGGACACAGCAUGCCUGCAGAGGGGAAAGCAAGCAUGGAGAGCCUGAAAGCAGAGGUGUGUCCUUGGGAAGCUCCAGGGGCUCAAUCCAUGGAUACAGCAGAGAUCUGCCCCUGGGAGGGGACUGCAGCUCCCUCACAGCAGCUCCAGCCAAAGCAGGGCCCUGGGGGGGUGCCCAAGGGGGACAAGCGCAUCAGGCGCCAGGCAGCGCUGGCCAGCCCGGGGAGAGCCCUGGAGAGGGGCAGCAGCAAGCGAGAGGCUGCGUGUCCAUGGGAGAGCCUGGACAAGGAGCAGCCCAUGGAGCAUCCCAGUGCCAGGAGCCCGGUGCUGCCCAGAGCCUCUCCGAGAGCAUCCCAGAGCAGGGAGAGCUUGAAGGCAGAGGUGUGUCCUUGGGAGGCUCCAGGGACUCAAUCCAUGGAUACAGCAGAGAUUUGCCCCUGGGAGGUGGCUCCAGCUCCAUCAGGUAAAGAGGAAUCAAAGCAGGACAAGGAUGUUCUCUCUGUAGGGAGCAAAACCCCUUCCCCAGGUCAAGGUGCCUGCAGAGAGACUGGAAAUAGCACCCCUGCAAAGGAGAAAGCAAAUCCCAACCGUGAAUCCAUCUGUCCAUGGGAGAGCCUGGACAAGGAGCAGCCCAUGGAGCAUCCUUGUGCCAGGAGCCCAGCGCUGCCUAAAACGACUCCGAGAGCAUCCCAGAGCAGGGAGAGCCUGAAGGCAGAGGUGUGUCCUUGGGAGGCUCCAGGGGCUCAAUCCAUGGAUAAAGCAGAGAUCUGCCCCUGGGAGGUGGCUGCAGCUCCAUCAGGUAAAGGGGAACCAAGGCUGGACAAGGAUGCUUUGUCCAUAGGGACAAAGAGCCCCUUGACAACUGAAGGUGCCUUCAAAGGGAUUGAGCAUCAUAUGUUUGCAAAGGAGAAAGCAAGCGUGGAGAGCCUGAAGGCAGAGGUGUGUCCUUGGGAGGCUCCAGGGGCUCAAUCCAUGGAUAAAGCAGAGAUCUGCCCCUGGGAGGUGGAUCCAGCUCCAUCAGGUACAGAGGAAUCAAGGCAGGACAAGGAUGCUCUGUGCACAGGGAGAAAGAGCCCCUCCACAAGGGAAGGUGCCUUCAAAGCCAUUGGACACAGCAUGCCUGCAGAGGGGAAAGCAAGCGUGGAGAGCCUGAAGGCAGAGGUGUGUCCUUGGGAUGCUCCAGGGGUUCAAUCCAUGGAUACAGCAGAGAUCUGCCCCUGGGAGGGGGCUGCAGCUCCCUCACAGCAGCUCCAGCCAAAGCAGGGCCCUGGGGGGGUGCCCAAGGGGGACAAGCGCAUCAGGCGCCAGGCAGCGCUGGCCAGCCCAGGGAGAGCCCUGGAGAGGGGCAGCAGCAAGCGAGAGGCUGCGUGUCCAUGGGAGAGCCUGGACAAGGAGCAGCCCAUGGAGCAUCCCAGUGCCAGGAGCCCAGUGCUGCCUAAAGCGACUCCAAAAGCAUCCCAGAGCAGGGAGAGCCUGAAGGCAGAGGUGUGUCCUUGGGAUGCUCCAGGGGCUCAAUCCAUGGAUACAGCAGAGAUCUGCCCCUGGGAGGUGGCGGCAGCUCCAUCAGCUACAGAGGAACCAAGGCAGGACAAGGAUGCUCUGUCCAUAGGGAGAAAGAGCCCUUUGACAAGGGGAGGUGCCUUCAAAGGUAUCGAGCAUCAGACGUCUGCAGAGGGGAAAGCAAGUGUGGAGAGCCUGAAGGCAGAGGUGUGUCCUUGGGAGGCUCCAGGGUCUCAAUCCAUGGAUACAGCAGAGAUCUGCCCCUGGGAGGUGGUGGCAGCUCCAUCAGGUAAAGAGGAACCAAGGCAGGACAAGGAUGCUCUGUGCACAGGGAGAAAGAGCCCCUCCACAAGGGAAGGUGCCUUCAAAGCCAUUGCACACAGCAUGCCUGCAGAAGGGAAAGCAAGUGUGGAGAGCCUGAAGGCAGAGGUGUGUCCUUGGGAUGCUCCAGGGUCUCAAUCCAUGGAUAAAGCAGAGAUCUGCCCCUGGGAGGGGGCUGCAGCUCCAUUGGCUAAAGAGAAAUCAAGGCAGGACAAGGAUGCUCUGUCCAUAGGGAGAAAAAGCCCCCCUACAAGAGAAGGUGUCUGCAGAGAGAUUGGACACAGCACACCUGCAAAGGAGAAAGCCAAUCUCGACCGUGAGUCCAUCUGUCCCUGGGAGAGCCUGGACACUGAGGAUCAAUCCCUGAGAACUGCAAUAGGGAAAGAGCUAUCCAAGAAAUCAGACAGCAUGGAGAGCAGGAAAGCUGAGAUUUGCCCCUGGGAAGCAGCAGAGCCCAGUGGCUCAGAGAAGGAAAUCCCACAGGGAGCUGAUGGAGCAUCUUCCCCUGGGAUGGGAGAGUCAAAGGCGGUGCUGGGAGCCAGCACCGUGUCUCCAAGGUAGGAGGCCAAGCACAAGCCCCUGAGCCGCAUCCAGCCUCAGAGUGGAACCAAAGCUGAUGUCUGCCCUUGGGACCAUGAGUAG